AUGGCCUUUCCAUCCACCUUUCUUCUCAUAACUCUCCUGUCUAUUGCAUUCGCCGUGUCCUCGACUCAAGGCAUAUCACUUGGUGGUGGAAUAUUGGGAGGUGUUAUUACUUGUACCAACACUUCUGUGGCUGUAGCCGGAACAUACAAUGUGAUCCCACAAGCAAAAGUGGAUCUUGUUUGUGGAAGUGGUUCUGUUACCCAAAUCGUAAAAUCAACAGUAACCAAUACUGCCGGAGUUUAUUAUUUUGUGUUCACAUCAUUGGAUACUAUUUUAAAUGACCCUGGAAAAUGCUUCCUUUUGGUGACACUACCAACCAACACAUGCAUAUUCAACAUCCCCAAUGGUGUUCUCAGGAUCCCUAUUGUUGUGCUUAGCACGGUCGACGCCUUGGUUGGGAAGUUGCUGAUAUUGGUUCCUGGUGCUCUUAGUUAUGUGCUUUCCCACUGA